GCUUUUCGGGUCUCAAAAUUUGCUAGGUAGCUGAUUUAGUCAGAACACCUGUGCGCGCGUGAACUGUUCCCUGCGUUCGCUGCGGACCAGACGCACGUGUUGGCCUCGGACUUUUACCUUAUUUCCUCCCCUGGGACUGUUUCACCUCAACAGAUCAAAAUACUGACAAACCACACCAUGCUACAGCCCCAGCUACUGGCAGAUGGCUUCGAGAUGCUAAAUGAGGACAGACGUGCCAACAUAAAUAUUCCUACACAGCUAUCAUGGAGGUGUGCCAGCUCUCCAUGAGCUUUUUUUUUCUGCCGCUGGACUGAUUAUGACCCGGUUGCACUCCUGACUGACACCUGACGACGGACCCAAGCUUAUUUUUCUCAAUAAGAACAAGUAGACAGAAAACUGGACACUCCCUGUCGUUAUCACGGCCCUCUCAGACAGGCCGACUAUGAUAGCUCAGGGAAAGUGGGACGAGAUGGCAGCAGGCGCAUGAUGGAGAAGAGCUGCUUAUCACCGAUGGAGAGAUCAAUCAUUCUUACACGGAGAGAACGAGAGGUAGAGGGCUGCCUCAGUUUCAGGCCACCUUCUUCCAUUGCUUCAUGGUCCAGUUUGGAUGUUUCGAGAGGAUUCAGCACGGGCACCAUGACCAGUCUCCAGAGAAAGUCAGUAUGCUGUCGGCAUUGAUCGCUCCCUUCAAAUACAUCAGCCCUGGGACCAGCAGCACAGAGGACGAGGACAGUUUGAGUACCAGCAGUGCAGAGGUAAAGGAGAACCGUAACAUCGGUAACUUAGAGGAUCGCUCUGCUGACUCGCUCUUCUGCUCAGACUCUGCCAGAGGCGGGAGCUCUGGUCUGAAGAGGAAGCGUCCACUUGAGGAGGACAACAACGGGCACAUGUGCCAGCUCCGCCUCAUCUAUAAGAAACUCUCGUGGUCGGAGGCACCAAAGAAUGCACUUGUGCAGCUGAAUGAGCUGCGGCCUGGCCUGCAGUACCGCAUGGUGUCUCAGACCGGCCCUGUUCAUGCUCCUGUCUUCUCCAUCGCUGUGGAGGUCAACGGGCUGACCUUUGAGGGAACAGGUCCCACAAAAAAGAAAGCCAAGAUGAGGGCAGCUGAGCUGGCUCUCAAGUCUUUCAUACAGUUCCCCAACGCUCCUCAGGCCCACCUGGCCAUGGGAAACAUCUCCAACCCUUCAGCAGACUUCACCUCGGACCAGGCUGACUUCCCUGACACGCUCUUCAAGGAGUUUGAGUCCUCGCCUUGCUCUGACGGAUUCUCGCUCUGUAGUUCAGCAGCAGAAAGCGAUCUUCUGUCCAGUGAGCUGCUAAGACAUGGGCGGCUGCUCCGCCACACUCUGGACCUGAUGGUGCAGGCUCAGCAGAGACUGGGAGGGAUUGUUCCAGAGCCAGAGGCCCCUAAGAGCCCUGUAGCUCUGCUGAAUGAGCUCCGGCCAGGCCUGCGAUACGCCUGCCUGUCGGAGCGAGCUGAGGGCCGCAGGCUGCGUAGUUUUGUGAUGGCGGUGCGUGUGGAUGGACGGAUAUUUGAGGGCUGCGGUCGCAGCAAGAAGCUGGCAAAGAACCAGGCGGCUCAGUGUGCUCUUCAGGCCCUCUUUAACAUCAGGACGGCCCCUGAGGGCCAGACAGGCCUCAAAGCCAGCAGGAAGAGCUGUCCUCAUUUACCCCAGGACUUUGCCGAUUCAAUAUUCCACUUGGUGAGGGAGAAGUACCGGUCGCUGGUGGGCGGCUGCAGUCCUGCGCACGCCCGACACAAAUCCCUGGCAGGCAUCGUAAUGACCCGAGGUCUGGACCUGAGGCACGCCCAGGUGGUGGCGUUAUCCACGGGAACAAAGUGUAUCAAUGGAGAGUAUUUGAGCGACCAGGGACAGGUGGUCAACGACUGUCACGCUGAAGUCACGGCCCGGAGAGCGCUGCUACGCUUCCUGUACUCUCAACUCGAACUCUUCUUGAGUAAAAGGCCAGAGGACUGGGAGGAGUCGAUAUUUGUGCGACACAAGGAGUGCAGCUUCAGGUUGAGAGACAACGUCCAUUUUCACAUGUACAUCAGCACAUCGCCGUGUGGAGACGGGAGGCUCAACUCGCCCUACGAAAUAAGCACAGACCUGCAUAGCAGCAGACACCUCAUGAGAAAACACCGCAGCCACCUGAGGACCAAGAUCGAGUCAGGAGAGGGGACAGUGCCGGUGCGAUGUCGGGGGACGGUUCAAACGUGGGAUGGCGUUUUACAAGGCGAGCAGUUAAUCACCAUGUCCUGCACUGACAAGAUCACCAGAUGGAACAUCCUGGGUCUGCAGGGGGCGCUGCUGAGCCACUUUGUGGAGCCAAUGUACCUGCACAGCUUGACCGUCGGCAGCCUUCGUCACACGGGACAUCUGAGCAGAGUUCUGAACCAACGGCUGGAACGAGUGGGCCCACUGCCUCCCUCGCACAGACGUACCCAGCCACUGCUCAGUGGUUUGAGUAAUGCGGAGUACCAGCAGUCGGGGAAGGCCUCGUGUGUUAGUGUGAACUGGACGCUGGGUGAUGCACAGCUGGAGGUGGUGAACACAGCGACGGGACGGAGACGGGACUCAGGGACACCCUCACGUCUCUGCAAACACAACCUGUUCACUCGCUGGAGCCGACUGAACCGAAAGUUGGGGAUCCACGUGUCCAGCUCAGACGACAGACAGCUCAUGUACUGCGAGGCCAAGAUGGCGGCUCGUCCGUACCAGACAGUGAAGCAGCAGUGGUUCAGAUCUCUGCAGGAAACAGGCCUCGGGACCUGGGUCAAGAAGCCGCCAGAGCAGGAGCAGUUCCUGCUGUCAGUCUGAGUGUGUGUGUGUGAGUGUGUGCAAGAUAAAGAGAGUGCGUGUUUAACCUUUAUUUUUUUAGGCUAAGAUGACUUCAUGCUCAUCCUGCUUCACACCCCAUCACCUCUGAACACCUGCAACCUCUGAGCUAAAGGCUUACAUCACCUACUGAGUGUGUUUGUUUUUCUGAGUGUGUUACAUGUGUCUGCAGGGCUGUACCAGACUCUGAAUUAUGUCAGUUGAUUCAGUUUUGGGGGUUCAAAAGAUGCUUUGACUAUUUCUUCCUCUAUUGUCCCACACCAAACUCCUUAAUCAGUCCUCAUACGUCUUGUGUUUUCCUAUGUUGCUGUUUUAGAGGUCAAGUAAAGUGAGUUCUUACCACACAUUGUUCUCACAAAAGUGACAAGAGAGCAUUUGUGUCAGGUCAUAAACACAGCCCCUCAUCCAUCUCCACUGAGUAUCAUUUUCACCGUAUCUAGCAUGUUGCAUGUUGGCUGAAAUCUGGCGUACUGCAGCGUUAUGAAGCCAAAAUCUACAGAUUUUUCUCUUCUGUAUCAGCAACUAAACUGGUCAAAAGGACGCAAAAAAACUACAUUAUGAUGCAGCAUUUAACUAUAAAAGACUUGUUUGCAGGAAUAUGAGCAAACAACUUUAAAAAUGUUUGUUUUUUUCAAUGGAGUUUGGUUCAUGUGUUUCUGAUAUGAAUUUAGGAUACCAAAAAACUUCUACAAAGCUAUCACUGAUUGGCUGUUAAAACACAGGACUGGGGCGCUGGUGGCUUAGCGGUCUAAGCGCCCCAGUUACAGAGGCUACAGUCCUCGUCGCAGAGGUCGCCGGUUUGAUUCCCAGCCGGUCAACUAUUUCCUGCAUGUAUUCCCCCGCUCUCUACUCCCCACAUUUCCUGUCUCUCUUCAGCUGUCCUAUCAAAUAAAGGCAAAAAGGCCAAAAAUGUAACUUAAGAAAAACAAAACACAGGGCCACAUAUAUUUUUUUUAGAAGCUUUAGAAUAACUUAACUCACUCAUGAUCCAUGCAAGUCUUUGCAAUGACUUGCAUUGAAUGGGUUCAGGUUUGCCAGAAGUAAAUCAUCAUUGAUUUUUUGCCAUUUUUUAGCCCACCAAGAAUCAUGAAUAACACAAGGUUAAAAUUCAGUGGAGGACAGAUUUUACUGUUGGUAAUAACUUUGUUAAACUUUAAGAUGAGUGAUUCCUACAAUCCAGUUAAGGAGCAACUAGAGCUGCACUGAUAUCCCACUUGAUAUGCGUCAUUCUUACAAUCACCUGACGAAUGUAUCCUCCCAGUUUGGCGGUCUAUUUACACUGACUGACUGACGGUCUCUGCCUAUGCUCUGUCAUCACCACUGCUGCCCUGAACAAGUGCUGCACUCGUACUUUCAGCCCCAAAACCCCCAGAGUUUUGGUUCCAGCCAUGUUUUCAUAUAGCUAGUGAUUUUGAACUAUUUAAAUCACCAGGUCAUAAGAGGGGAGGAGAAUUUUUGCCUCGUGUCAACAAAGAAAAAGGUGAGGAAAUGCUAGUAUACGCAUGACUCCAGAGUAGGGAGUGACACAGGAGUGGGUUUUCACUCCUGUCCCAUCCCACUCCCACAGAAAAAAAUCUUGUCCUGUCCCACUCCCGGUAAAAUGACUCCCACUCCCAUCCCGCUCCCAUUCAGAAUGACUCCCGCUCCUGUACCGCUCACAUUUUUUUUCUUCUUUUCUUCUUUAGGCAAUACAUACCUCAACAAACAAAAGUGCAUAAAGGCAAUCCCUCUAGACCUUCCCGCUCCCGUCUGCUCCCGUUAACUUUUUAUCCUGUACCGUCCCAAUCAAGUGAUUAAUAGCAAAUUUGACUUCCAAUCCCGCGGGAAUCCCGUGGCACGUGGGAUUCCCGAAAAAAUGUCAGCCUCUACUCCAGAGUUAAAAAAUAAAGUGCCAAAAUCUGCAGUUCCUUAAGUGUCCAGUAGUGGAUGUCUCCAAAGCCUAGGAAAACUCCAUUAGCCCCCAUGUUAAAAUGUCCCUUUUUACAGCAGAAAAAAUCCACCUGUUACAAAAACAGCUUUUGACUCAUUUCUUUAUCCUAACUACCAAACAGGGGUUGCAUUUCUGUACAACCUGCAAAUUUUCAUUUAUUAAAGAGUGUAUCCAUAUUCUUGGCCGUGGCUAAUUUGACUUACAGGUGGGCGUGAUGUAACCAGCAGCCAAGAUUUAACUAACCUGUCCCAGCUCUGCCUCUUUGCUCAUUACAAGACUGAUCUAAAUCAAAGUCAGUGUUUUCAAAUAUGGCGACUGCCGGCGUUGGGCCUCAACCAGUGGUUGAUGUCACAGAGCCCACGUCCCUGUUUUCUACAGUCUAAAGUUAGCAGCUUCUCCUGAUGUUUUUUGACCUGAAACAGCUUUACCCAGUAUUUUUUCUAGUCUAUCUCACCUGUUGUGUUUUUUAUUUUUGGAGGAGGGGGAAGUGGAUAUUUUUGUCACCAUUUAAGACUCUUUAUAAAAGUCGACAGCCUGCAUCGCUGCAUAUCUCACUUUGCUUUUUUCGUAUGAUGACGCAGCAAAAACACAAAAGCUAGAAAUUUGACUGACAAAAUGCGAGUGGACUCUGGGUUGUCUUGACCUCUGAAUCAAAUCAGUGACUUUUAGGGUGCAGCCCUGUGGGUCUGUGUGUGUGUGUGUGUGUGUGUGUGUGUGUGUGUGUGUGUGUGUGUGUGUGUGUGUGUGUGUGUGUGUGUGUGUGUGUGUGUGUGUGUGUGUGUGUGUGUGUGUGUCAUUCUGGAUGUGAAAAAUGACAAGAGGAAGGUCAACUGGACGGGCUGAAAGAAAACAGACAUAAAAGAUGGACUCAUUCUUUGACCCGCGCUAUCUUUAGACACACACGUUUAAGCAAACACACACCUUAAUACCCCACAACGCCCCUCCUCCUCCUCCUCUUCCUCUUGUCCUCCUCUUCUUCUUCUUCUUCUUCUUCUUCGUCUGUCAUGGAGGGGUGGGGUAACCUUGAGCAGAAUGAAAGGCAGCCACUAUCUUGUCAUCAGCUAUUUCCGGGCCCCGAGGCUCCCGCUGAGGAGCGCAGCCACAGGGGAGAGAGCAAGAGAGUCGAACGGAGAAAGGGAAGAAGACAGAGAAAGAGGUCCACGUCCAAUUACCGGCCCUGUCAGGGUGACGGCUGAUAGAGGAAGAGGACGAGGGAGAGGAGGAGGAGACAGAGAGAAAGAGAAGGACAGAGUGGUGCCUCACCUUUUCUCUCUCGUUUCUAUCUUCGUCCUCCUCCUCUGACUCACCUUUUGACUCCUGACUUCCUCCUCCUUUUGUCUCUCACCCCUCUCUCUUCCUCUUUGUUAUGCUCUCCUUUUUGCUUGUGUCUCCCGCUCCUCCUCUUCCUCCUCCUCCUCCUCUUCUUCCCCCUCCUCUCCUUCUGCCUUUCAAGCACGGGGAAGGUUAACACGACAUGACGACAGGUUAAUACACCCUUUUUUUCCCUCACCUCUCGGAGUAAAGAAAAGGAGGAGAGGUUUCCACACAUUAGAGCACAGGUGGAGGUGAGGAUGGAGGAAAAGAAGGUGGUUUCCUGUUUUUCUCCCUUUCAGACUAAAUUUAUUUCCUACUUUCCGUCUCUUUUUGACCUCAGAUUUCAGCCCGUGCACCUGAAUCGAAAUCUUGUCGCCAAUGAGAGCGGUCGUGACUCAUUAGCGAGGCCAUGUCGACCUGAUCGACUCUGGUGUCGCUCUGUGGUCACGACCGCUCUGAUCAGAUAACAGACCAGAAGUUUUACAACACACCUGCCCUCUCCUCCAUGUGGGGUUUUAAUUUAAGGCCUUUUUUUAAACCCACAAAUGAAUGAAAGAUUAAAAAGAGCGCGGUAGAAAGGACCUCCUGGCAUCACUUCAUGUACAUUCACACCUCACUCUGUUGUUAUGUCUCUGCAUAUUUCAUGGUGUAAACAUGUGCACUGUGUGUGAUUUUUUAUACAUUGAAGUGUUAAAGAUGUUCAUUAUGAUCAUGGCUGUGUUGUUCUGUCAUUGUUGUGUUUUUAUAAAGGAUGUCAGAUGAAGAAUCCACCAGCACGGCUCAGUUUACAGAGAAAUCUAAGCAGUGAGAGUGACAUCUAGUGGUGAUUAAAUGUUCCUGUUGUCCUCUCACGCUCCAGAAGCAUCAUGUGCUACAGUCAGGACUCACUUCAAAGCAAAUCAUUGACACUUUAAGGGGACUGAAUGGUAGAAAAAAAGCUUCAGAGGCAGAUUUACACAAAAUGAAAACUGACCCAGACCUGCUCUAUGCCUGGUCGCCUAUUCUGGUCGCUAAGAUUUUACAGGAAUAAAGGACUUGACAAAUCAAGUUUUUUGGGGCCCUUUCAUUGUAUUUUGAAUAAUGUCAAACACAUAUCUGUAUUCUGAAAUAGUUUCUUCCCUUCUUGGUGAAUUAAACCAAAAAUAAAACCUUUUUAGAGAGUCUGAGGAGAGAUUUUAGAAAGAGGACAGGGAGGGUAGAGCCAGGGUGAGAAGCUUGUGUCUCCCAGCUCAACCUGGGAGUUAGGCUGCACGCUCUACUUGUUCCUACUCGCCCAUUUUGAUGAAGAUAGAGAGAAGAGAGUUAGAGAAAGAGGGAUCAAAAGUUUUCCCUUUACCUUUGUCUUGGCCCUCAGCUGGGAUAUACAUCACAAAAAGAAGGAAAAGUUAUGAUAAAGAUGAAACAAGAGGCGAAAGAUGCAAAAACACAGCACAGAGACGACUCCAGGAUGUUACAAGAUGAGGGCAAUAAGAGAGAUAAUCAAAAUAUAAAAUUAAAUACAAUCCAAUGAAAAAAGGAGGUCAGAGUCUCGAGCUUGUGAAGUAGGACUUGAACUGCUUAUCAUUCAUAUUUGGCUGACCAAAUUAUUAUUAAAAUCUUUCACUUUUAUUAAAUGACAUCAGACUUUGGGGGCUCAAGAGGGUCCAGAGCCUUGUUCCUAAUCUGUUCUUGGUCUGUGGUAGCUUCAUUAAGAAUAUUACAUAACUCAGAUUGUGUGAGAGUGUUUUAAUGGACUUAAGUACACCGGUUUUUAAGUAUCCUGUUUUUGUGUUCAUGCACGCACACACCAGAUUUUUUGAGAAACAAGGAAAAAACCUUAUUCUGAUUUUGCUUCCUGGAGAACUCAGAAAAAACGGGAUACUGUGGCAUGUAUGCACCUUACACCGGUGUCUUAGCCAUGUGACAUAUCAGCAAAACAAACAUGGUGACAGCAACGAGAGCGAGUGUACUCUCCACUCAGAGUCGAGGACGUCCCUGUCCCUGUCCCUGUCCCAGCUGUGUAUCUUCACCCUUAGCUCUCUUGUCCAAAGCGGUGGCAGCGACAGGCUGACAGCAGUCAGAGUUGAGGACAUGUUUAAUAUUUGCUGUCUCACUCUUCUCCUGUUGCUGGAAAUCAGUCAAAAUACAACAUCUGCAACUCAAUGUUGACAUGUCGUGACGCUCAGCUCACAGUGGUCUCAUUUCUCUUAGAUUUUAAAUUGCCUUGGUUUGUGUAAAUUAAACAUCAAAACCAGGGUAAAGCUCAUAAUCGGGAUACUAAAGUCCAUGUAAACACACUUUGAGGAUCUGUGUAAGUCUGGCUGUGAGCAUCAGAACAGAGUUUACUGUUGUUGUUUGAUUACACAUCAUGAGUUGACAACAUCCGUCAUAUCUUCACACCAUGUCUCAUAACAGCUGCAUUCAUCACAAAAACAGAUUUACAGAUUUAUUUUGAGAGAAAAUAAAUAUAAGGCAUGUCUGAACGGCAAUAUUGUAUCUCAGAGUGUAAAUAUGUAAAAAACAAAUGUACAAAAGAUGUUGACACAGAUGUGACAGAGAUCCUAAAAUGUCUAAUUAUGAUGUAAAUUAAAGUAUAUGAAGAACUGCUGCUAAGGUCUGUACAUUGCACUUCAGUAACAAAUAAAAAGUGAAUGUUUGUACUGUACAUGUGAAUAAAAACACAAAAUCUUGUAAUUUUA